UAACGCCUCUCAGUCUCUCUUUUUUUGGUUACCCCCCCCCGAGAACAGUUCUUCUGCCACACAGAAGACAUGGCUAGCUGCUCCAGCAUGGCAUCGGCUGCUUCAGUGUUCUUGCGAACGCCCAGUGUUUCAAGCUUCGUAGCUUCCAAGACCAGCAACAUGGUCUUUUACCCUUCAAAAAACAACAAAAACACAAGGCUUGUUGUUAGGGCGGCUGAGGAGGAGGCUUCACCGCCGUCUCCAGCCCCAGCGACCACCACUGCACCACCAGAAGGAGGCGAAGCCCCGAAGCCGAAGCCACCUCCCCUUGGACCAAAAAGAGGCACCAAGGUGAAGAUCCUAAGGAAGGAGUCGUACUGGUACAACAGCUACGGAUCAGUUGUUACAGUUGACCAGGAUCCGAAGACUCGGUACCCGGUUGUGGUUCGGUUCAACAAAGUGAAUUACGCCAAUGUAUCCACCAACAACUACGCACUGGAUGAGAUUGCAGAAGUUAAAUGAGUCACUGUUGCAUUUUGUAAUAUCUUUAGUUUUCAGUGAUUUAUGUAUGUUCAGACUUCCCCCCAUCUCUGGCUUUAAACUUGUUUCUGCCAAAAACGUCUUGUACAAUAUUAUCUUCUCUCUCUCUCUCUUCUUUU